CCAGAUGGUUUAAAAGUAACCCUGAUUUCUGAGGUUUAAUGAGGUUUUUCACAGACCGAUUUUUUUAAAGGAAGUGAUCUAGAAACAGUAAAUGGAGGGAAGUUCAGCUGGAGCCAGUCAGCGGGGAGACAUUAUUACAUGUCUAGGAUGCUUUUAAAGCCAUUCUGCGAUGGACGUGGAAAACCUGCUUACCAAAAUGUGUCCCUGUGAAGGUAUUACACAGGGUGCCAUUAAUUAUUCUCCAGCGACCAUUCUGUUCAUCAGAGGCGGUUCCACCUCAGAAGGGCAGGAGGGAGCUCACCAUGGAGUCUUUGUCUGAGAUGGGUUUCUCAGAGAGCCAGGCCGAGAUGGUCUACGAGGCAGCAAAUAAAGUGCGCUACAAGCAUGGCUUGGCAGCAUUGACCAUGCUCUUCGGCCUCGGCUUAAACCCAGCCAGUGUGCUGAAGAUCCUGGAGAAAUGUCCUGAGCUUUAUUCUCUUAAGGAAGCUCAGUUGCAGCAGCGGGUUUUGAAUCUAAGGAAGAUUGGCCUUGUUGAAGGCAGUUUGCAGAGGGUGAUAAGCCACUACCCUCAGAUCCUGUCGUUUUCAGUGAAAAGGGUGAAUGCUGUGUCUCGGCUCCUCAGAGAGAAGUGCCAGUUCAACGCUCAGCAGAUGGCAGACAUCCUCCGAGACUCACCGCAUGUAGUGGGGGAAGAGCCUGCACGUCUGGAGUACAUGUUUCAGUAUGUAUAUUUCCGUAUGGGCUGUCGCCAGGCUGAGAUGGUGAAGGCGAAGCUCUUCAGACUCUCCCUGGAGGAGCUAAGGUGUCGUCACAGCUUCCUGGAGCGCCUCGGCCUUUACCAAACCCCUGACAAGAAAGGGCAGACGCUUGUACUUAAUCCACGCCUCAAAGACUUUCUCAACGUCUCUGAGGAAAUUUAUCUCACCAAUGUCGCCCGUGCCACGCAGGAAGAGUUCAAUGUGUUCAAGAAACUCGUGGCACGUGAGCAGGAGGAAGAGGAGCAAGACCAGGAGUACAGCAGUGAUGAUUAUGAUACCGAUGAUGACGAUGAUACCGAUGAUGACAGUGAUGAUGCAGAGAGACACAAUUCUUUUCACUCUAGUUUCAGAAGAAAAAAAAAUCCAAGAGCCAAGGUGCGUGAGAGACACUGAGGCUUAACAUUUCUGUUUCUAAAUGCAGUGCUGUAGUAUGCUAUAUUGAUUUCAUAAUAAAUAUUGUUGUUUGUUCUUGUA